AUGCCUGAGCCCAAUGCCGGUCCUCCAGCUCCAGAGCUUCCAGAAACGGAUGCUGCCAAGCAAGCUCGCCUUCGCAGGUUGUGCGAGCGCAAGCCCAGUGGGAAAAUAAACGUCCCACUGGCGCUGCAUGAGAAAUGGUUGAAAGCAAACCGUGAUGAGCGUGACUCCAUGGUUGACAAGCUGGAUGAAGUGGGAUGGGACAAGGACUUCAAAUUAUUCUAUCAUGACCGGUUUGUUACCCAUAUGACCCGGAUCAUUCAGAAGUCUUCGAAGUUGUCAAAGAAGAAGCGCAGGGGUUGGCACACCGAAGAGUCAAUGUCGACCAAGCUCAAAUGGAGCAAGAAAGACCGCUACAACAAGAAGAUUGACAAAUUCUAUGUUGAGAUCGAAGAGGAGGAUGAGAAUGUAAGUGAAGACGAAGAAAUCGAACGUACUGAGGAAACGGAGGUGCGCGAUGGUGGUGUCAGCUUGAACCGGCUUGGGAGGCGCCAGGGGGCAGGAGUUCCAGAGCUACCCGAGACUUCAGACUCGGAAACAGAUGCUGAGGGCAAGGAAAAGGAUGCGAAGGUUUCCAACAGUGAGUGGGAGCGCUUCAAGAAGUUCGCGGACAGUCUCCUGGUAAAGUGCACCAAGCUCUCCGAGAUCAUCGCAGACUUGGAGCAGGCCUUGGAGGAGUCAGGCAAGACCCCGGACACUGGUGAUCACAAAAGGGCAACCAAGUCAGUCCAGAAUCUGGAGAACGCCGUCAAAGUCUUGGAAGCUGAGUUCGAGGCAUGCGAGCAGGUCAAAGCCUCCAUGGCCAAGCACAAGAAAGCUAUGCCUGGAAGUGCUGGGGAGACGGAGUUCUCUGGUUACAAUUUCAUUCUUUGGCUACGUGAGAAGAUUGAGGCCCAAAUUCUGAAGACCACCCUUGCGCGCCUUACAUUGCACUUGACCAUGAAGUGUUGUUCCAAAGCUAGCGGUGUGCGUGAGAACAUGCACCCCUUAGAUGCCUUCAAUUUGGCAAAAUCUUGGAACUGGGUGUGUGACCCUGGCCUGGAAUUGCUUCACCACUUUGCAAAGCUCAUUGCCAAUGGCGAUUGUUUGUUGACGGAUCUCUUGACCUAUGACUGCCCUGUCACUGGCAAGAAGCGCACCGCUGGGUAUGGAAGCCCCCCUCAUCUGAAGCGAUCCAAACAAAUGGUGGAGUCGGAAAAUGAGUUCAUGGAGUACUUUGACAGGGACUGUGAAAUAGAGUCAAGCCAGCCAGGUGAGAUGGAUGAGAUUUCUUUGCGGGGAGCGCGCAAGGAAAAGAAAGCUAGUGACGGGGCCGCAUGCUCGCACGUCGUCGAGCUGGCACAGGCUGAAGUUGCUCACAACCCUCGUGUGUGUCCAAAGGUUCGUGAAUUCUCAGCUAUCAGGCUGGCUGAUGCAGAGGUUGCGGUUCACAAGUUUUUCCAACGCUAUGGGCUGAGUGUGCCAAUUCAAGUUUACAAUGCAGAGAUAGCUGGGACAAAGGCAUUUCCAUACCUGAAAUUGUCGGACUGGGUGCUGUUCCUGUGGAAUACUGGCCGUUUCGCUAGACAACUUGUAGGUUGCUCUCUGGAACAAAUGCCAGCAGUUUUGACACAGUACUGGAGGAGGUUCAGGGCUUUGUUUCCACACCAUGAGAUUUUUGGACUGGAAGGAAUAGACCUGGCACACACUGUGCCAUAUUACAGCCAUACAGAUGAGGGACGCUCUCAAAAGCAUGAGCCUAUUUGGAUUCUUUCGUGUCAUGGGGCUUUGGGAAGAGGAACUCGUCGCUUUGUGACAGAGAAGAAGCGCACAAAACCGAUUUCGGAGAAUGAGAUGGGUCUCAAUUUUCUUGGACAAACAUUCUCUACACAGUUUUUGCUUUGUACUAUCACGAAACAAGUUUCCAACAUGCACCCUGAAGCGAUUUCUCAACUUUUGAAUUUGUUUGCAACUGAUGCUGCGAUGCUUGCAUGUGAAGGGAUUUUAUGUGAUGGUACCCGACUGAGACUUGUCCAUAUCGGAACAAAGGGUGACCUACCAGCACUUGGGAAAGUUGGAGGCUUUACCCGCAGUUUCUUACAUGUCCCAAAGAGGCCAUCAACGCAGAACCCUUGCGAAGGAAUUUGUCAUUUGUGUCUGGGGGGGCAAGAAGAGAAUAUCAGAACAGGUGCUGAACAUUUUCCAUAUGAGGACCUCAGACCUCGCCCAUGUUGGGAGCAAACGAUGCAUACGGUUUUGCCUUGGCGGACAGAACCUGACAUGAUAUCUGGCCUUCCCAUCAACCGGGAAGAAGCCAGUGGUUUUUUCUGCCUGGAUUUGUGGCAUAUUUUUCAUUUGGGCAUUUGCAAACAUUUUGUUGCAAAUUCUCUUGUGAUGAUUGCUGAAUCGGAUUUAUUGCCAAGAAGUUCCAUGGAAAACAAAUUCAAAUCAAUGACUGAUGAGUACGUCACCUUCUGUCGGACAAAUCGCCUCGCGAUGUGGAUUACUGAGAUUAGCCGUGACACUUUGCUUUUUCCCCAGGGAUCAGUUGCACCAGUUGGCAAAUGGAACAAGGGUUCUUGCAGUACAACUAUGAUGCUGUUUCUCGAACACUACUGCACCAAAUUCAUCAAGGGCAAGAGUGAUGAUGAGCAGCUUUUGCUGAUAGCAGAUGGCACUUCGGCUAUGAAUCGUGCACUGUCAACGAUGUACGGGUCUGGGUACUGGGUGAACAAGAAUUGCGCAAAGUCCCUCUCCAGGCAAGUGUUUUUCUUCUUGUAUGUCUAUGGGCGUUUGGCACAUGAGACUUUGGCUGUUGGCAAGAAUCGGUAUAGCUUAAUGCCGAAGUUGCAUUACCUGAGCCAUGUGGCUUUGCAGUUGCGGCAGCAGUCAGAUUUGGUGGACUGGUGCCAAAAUCCCCUAGGAUGUUCAGUACAAUUACAAGAAGAUUUCAUUGGGAGGCCCAGCAGGGCCUCCCGUCGUGUGAACAUCCGACAACUUCACCGAAAUGUCAUUCACAGGUGUCUCAUUUUGGCUCAGUUGGCGCUGCAAAGGUCCGAUGGUGAUCAAAGGGGCCGGGAUUGCUAUGAUUAGAUAUGCGAUGACGUGCGCAUGGAGGAAAAAA